UAUGGAGAAGGUUGCAAGAAAAGUUCAGGCAAUUGCUGAGCAGCUGAGCCAAGUUUUUUUAGGAAAUGCAGAAAAGCAAUUUGAGGAGAUGAGAAGUGAAAUGGGAAACGUAAAGUUAUUAAGAUACAAUCACCAAGAUCAUUCCAUGGGGCAAAGCCCUAGUUAUUUACAGAAUGAGAUAAUCAAUGGCAGUCAAAUUCACAUGCGUGAGAACGAUGAUGAACAUGCUUUUUGCCUUCACCUUCCGCUUGAGCACUCUCAGUUUAACCUCGGAUCAGAGGGAGGCCCUGCAUUGUUGUUUGAUGCAGGGCCGGAGACUCUAGUCAUCACUGUUGGAAGGCAACUAGAGGGAUUUAAAUGUGUUUCAGGGGAAAUGAUCUUUGUCCCAGACAUCAGUAGAAGCCAAGCAUCUUUCUCCAUACAACUCAAAGUUCCACUGGUUUCAAAUUUUAGGAAGAAUUGUAAGACAGUUUUCAUUGCUGAUCAAAUUGUCAUUGCAGUCAUUCUAUAUGUACUAUACAAGAUUGUUAUAUUUACAUACACAAACCUUGUCACUUGAUAGAAAACACUACUGGAGAUAAUUGAUUGGUUUGAAGAUUUUAAUGA